AUGGCGGUUGUUCGUCUUCACAUGUUUUGCCUCGUUGUCACCAUCUGGGUCUAUGUCUCUUCCUGUGUCCGUGGAACAACCACACACACAACCGACCUUCCGGACAAACCGAUCUACACUUUCCUGGGCAUCCCGUACGCAGCGCCACCUGUUGGAGACCUCCGGUACCGCCCUCCCCAGCCUGCCCUCCCGUGGGAGGGGGUCAAGGAGGCCGUGGAGUAUGGCUCUUACUGUCCGCAAAAUCUUACUUUCUUCAAGGAGCAGGAUCAUGACUUUCCAGUUGAGUUUGGAGUGAAGUUGACCAUAAGCGAGGACUGUCUCACAGUCAACGUCUACACUCCGACAGUAGCAGCAGAUUCCGCUUUACCGGUCUUGCUCUGGAUCCAUGGAGGAGCCCUAAUUGUGGGGAUGGGAUCACCUCCCGGAUGGGAGUCUCUUGCUGCUCACCAAGACGUCGUGGUGGUCUCCUUCAACUACCGUCUCGGUGUGCUGGGUUUCCUCAGUACGGGGGACCAGAGCAUGCCAGGAAACUACGGAUUCCUGGAUCAGAUCCGUGCCAUGGAAUGGGUGAAGGAGAACAUCCGAAACUUCGGUGGAGACCCAGAAAGAGUCACCAUAUUUGGAGAGUCGGCAGGUGGUAUCAGUGUCUCCUACCAUCUUCUGUCCCCCCUCAGUAAAGGUCUGUUCCAGAGAGCCAUCUCACAGAGCGGUACCUGGAAAACAUAUCCAGUCAACCCUGAGCCACUCGCGGUCACCAAAAUGUUUGCAGAAAAGGCCGGUUGCGAGCCGGAGGACACGGCAAUCCUAACGGCCUGUCUGAAAGAGAAGUCGGCGGAGGAUCUUUUGGUGUCAUUCGAAGCCUUGGGAAUACCAUAUCUUGUGCCGGUGGUGGACGGGACAUUUCUGACGACAGACCCCAUGCAUCUGAUGCAGAACGGAAACGUCAACACAGCAGACUAUCUUCUUGGAAUCAACAACCACGAGAUGGGAUGGAUGGCACUCUCCACUUUUCUUGAAGGGGACCCUCGUGUUGGCAUAUCGCAAGAGGAAUUCGUCAAACUAGCAUCGAUGCUUUAUUAUGGUAAUCCAAACGUGGACAAAAUUGUGGAAACGAUCGUCGCUGAGUAUCGGCAUCCGACCACGCCAGACGACCCGCUCGCAAUCCUGUACCAGUUUACACACAUGAAUGGGGAUUCCUUGAUUCUAGGUCCUACCAUGCUUGUUGCAGAAAAACAUGCAGAUGCCGGCACACGUGUCUUUCUCUACGAGAACCAGUACCGACCUUCCAUCCACCCGACCAGACCCGACUGGGUGGGGUGUGACCAUGCUGACGACCUGUUCAUGAUUAUGGGGCUACCGUUCCUCGAAGGACCGGUCGAACCCCAUCAAUACACGAAAGAAGACGAGAAAUUCAGUCUCACUUUCAUGGCGUACUGGGCAAACUUCGCACGAACUGGAGACCCGUCUGACUCCACCGGCAGCCCCACUGACAGCCCCUCCCUGCCGACCUGGCCUCAGUACACACCUGGCAACCCGGUCUACAUGAAGUUGGACGUGGCGCCGAUCACUGGCGUUGGGCUCAAGCCGGAGAAAGCAAAACUUUGGAACGAAAUCAUUCCUGAUUUGGCUGCCGCAGGUGCUUCAGCCGGUAAGAAUGACGGUCCAGUUGUGUCCACGUUGACUGGACAAGUCCGUGGAACCACCACACACACAACAGACCUUCCCGACAAGCCGAUCUACGCUUUCCUGGGCAUCCCUUACGCAGCGCCACCUGUUGGAGACCACCGGUACCACCCACCCCAGCCUGCCCUCCCGUGGGAGGGGGUCAGGGAGGCCGUGGAGUAUGGUCCUUACUGUCCGCAAAAUUCAACAACCUACAACGGGCUGGACUUCCCUAUUAAGUAUGAAACGGCUGGGAAAACGAGCGAGGACUGUCUGACUCUGAACGUCUUCACACCGACUGUAGCAGCGGACUCUGCCUUGCCGGUUUUACUUUGGAUCCAUGGAGGAUCCCUGUACCUCGGCAUGGGUGCUCCUCCUGGAUUGGAGUCUCUUGCUGCUCACCAAGACGUCGUCGUGGUCUCCUUCAACUACCGUCUCGGUGUGCUGGGCUUCCUCAGUACGGGGGACGUGAACAUGCCAGGAAACUACGGAUUCCUGGAUCAGAUCCGUGCCAUGGAAUGGGUGAAGGAGAACAUCCGAAACUUCGGUGGAGACCCAGAAAGAGUCACCAUAUUUGGAGAGUCAGCAGGCGGGGAAAGUGUGGCCUGUCACCUGCUGUCGCCCCUCAGUAAAGGUCUGUUCCAAAGAGCCAUCUCACAGAGCGGCGUGUGCCAGACUUUCCCGAUCCCACCACAGACCAUUGCUCUGAUGGUCGGAGAGGCAGCAGGCUGUGAGACGGAGGACAUGGCUGCCUUGGUGACCUGUCUUAAAGAGACGUCAGUUGGGGAACUGUUGGAGGUACACGACGUCUUACAGCAGACGGUGGGUGAAAUCCCCUUCAUGCCGGUCGUGGAUGGGCACUUCUUGACGGCCGAACCUAAAGAGCUACUAAAGGAAGGGGAAGUUAGCAUGGUAGAUUAUCUUGUUGGAUUCAACAACCACGAGUUCGGAUGGUUGUUCCUGCCGUAUCUAGACCUGACUGCAGGAGACCUUCGUGACGGACUGUCCCAUGAUGACUUUGCUCUGAAGGUCAUGCAAGGUAUAGAGUACAAGUACCCAGGGAAUCCAAACGCAAUGGAAAUUGCAGAAGCCAUCAUCAAAGAGUAUCGUAAUCCGACCAGCCCUGACGAUCCUUUGGCCAUCCUGUACCAGUUAACCCAGAUGUGGGGGGAUCUUGCAGUAAAUGCGCCGACCGUUUCGUUUGCUGAUUAUCACGUUGCCGCUGGGGGGCGUCUCUACUUCUAUGAGAACCUGUAUCGGCCCUCUAUCUACCCGAACAGACCCGAGUGGGUGGGAUGUGAUCAUUGCGACGAUCUCUUCAUGGUUUGGGGACUGCCGUUCAUCAAAUUUCCGGAACCUCCCAUAGAUUAUAAGAGAGAAGACGAGAAAGUCAGCUUGAUCAUGAUGGCGUACUGGGCAAACUUCGCACGAACCGGCGACCCUUCCGACUCCACCGGCGGCCCCACUGACAGCCCCUCCCUGCCGACCUGGCCUCAGUACACACCUGGCAACCCGGUCUACAUGAAGCUGGACGUGGUGCCGAUCACUGGCUCGAAAUUCAAACCAGAGAAGAUGAAGCUCUGGAACGAAGUCAUUCCCCAACUAGCUGCAAUGAGAAAAGACGAGCUUUGAUGUCAUCAAGGAAAUAUAUCAGUCUUCAGUCUAAGCGUUUUCAUAUAAUCAGUUUUCAUAUGAAUCAGGUUCUAUAAUCUUUGUUAUAAAUUGGAGUAUAGUUUGGCAUUACGUAACCUUCUUUGUAGUCUCUCCGGGUAGGAUUCUCUUGGAGCUUCUAAUGUUUAGGCCAGGAGUUUAUAGCAAAUAUAUGAAAAUGUUGUAGCUUCGAAACAAACAUUCUAAAAUAGUAUAUUAUUCUUGCUGUAAGUGAAAGGCGUCUUUCUUGUAAUCAAUUGUGUUGUGGGCUGAUAAUAUUAGUAUGGAAACCGGCGCAGUUCAUGUGUUUUGUGCAGUUGUAUUCAUCGUAAAUUCGUCUCCACUUACGGUAAGUGUUUAAAGAAUAUAGUUACAUGUUCUUUUAUUUGCUUCUAGAAUACAGUACGAAUUCCCAGGAGUAGAAAAGAAUUUCGCAGGGUUUUGUGUUUUUUUUUAAUUUUAUUAAAAACUAAUUACUAUAAUAAUAAGUGAAUUGGCUCUUUUGUGUAGGUGUCUUUACCUUUAUGCAAACAUUUACCGAUAGGAAAGUUUAAUAAUUGACUGACACAUUCAUGCAUUACAAACCGUCUAAAACUGAAGUUUAGCAUUUUUAUUCAUGUAAUAGGAG